CGAUCCUUAACUUUUUCCCAUUCGUUGACACUAAAGUUCAUUCCUAAUUUUCAACGAACACCGAGAAAAUGAGAGUUUAUCCUUCAUUGCUAGUACUCGUAGUUGUUUUUACGGGAGAGUUUGGCAGAGGAGAAUGUACAAAGCCUUUUAUUUCAACAAGCACAGUUACAGCUUCAUCUCAGCUUUCUCCACAAUAUUCCCCUGAGCAUGCAGCUUUGUCUUCUCAAACAGCAUGGUGUCCAAAACAAAACUUUACUGACGAAGAAUACCUUCAGGUUGAUUUUGGUGGGCGGAAAGUUGUGAAGAAAAUUAAAAUUGCCGGUGAGGCAAACCCCCCUGUUAACGAGACUGCCAGGAGUGUAACUAAGUACCUCAUUCAAGUCAGUGCCGACGGAGCUACAUAUGAAGACUUUGAUGCGGUUUCAAAACCAAUGGCUGAAAUGGAAAUAAGAACCCAGUACAUCCGUCUGAAGCCUCUGGAAUUCCACAAAUUUCCUUGCAUGAGGCUUGAAAUUUACGGAUGUAAAGCAAAGAAUCCUGAACUGUGCAGUGAAAACAACGGGGGCUGCUCUCAGAUAUGUGAACAACGUUCCAAGUAUUGUAUUUUUGGUAAAUGCUACUUUAACUGUCAUAUCGACUUCUUGUGUACACGAUGGGUGGAAUGCAAGUGUCAGUCUGGAUACAAACUGCUGGCAAACGGGAAGAAUUGUGCUGAUAUAAACGAGUGUGAAACCAACAAUGGCAACUGCGACCAGAUUUGUAAAAAUUCUAAAGGAAGUUAUCAGUGCAAGUGCCGCAGUGGGUUCCUUCUUGACAGCGACAAGCACAAAUGCAAUGACAUAAACGAAUGCAACAACAACAAUGGCGGCUGUAAUCAGCUUUGCAGAAAUAGUUUUGGGAGUUAUCAUUGUGAGUGCUCCGUGGGAUACAAGCUUUCACAGGAUAACCAUACUUGCGUUGAUAUCGAUGAAUGUGCAGUUGAUAAUGGCGGGUGUAGUUAUGGAUGCCAGAAUCUUCAAGGACGCUACAUCUGCACCUGCCCUAUCGGAUUUGAGUUGGAUCGAACGCAAAAGAACUGCAAAGAUUCAAAUGAAUGCUUGCUGGCCAAUGGUGGCUGCGAGACUAACUGCCACAAUACCAAUGGAAGCUAUUACUGCUCGUGUAACAAUGGCUUUGAGUUAUACGAUACAUUCAAAUGUAGAGACAUUGACGAAUGCUCUCGAAAUACUGACAACUGUAACGAGACCUCUACAAGCUGCCAAAAUUUCCAAGGAGGAUACGAGUGUCCCUGCAAGAGUGGCUUCAAACACAAACAGGGAGACUCAUACAAUUGUGACUUCAUCACUUGCCCAGCCCUCUUGGAGUCUAUGGGCACAUCUGUGAGUCCUAAGCCUCAAUGCUUAGUCGUUGGCGGCAGGAAAGUGAAUGAGACUUGCAAGUUUAGUUGUAACAAUGGAUACGAGCUUCCAGAUCCAAAGAAGGACACCCUCACCUGUUUGGUAACGGGUUCAUGGGAUGCACCCAUCAUAAAUUGCCAACGUAUAACAUGCCCAGCCUUACCUCCUAUUCAAAAUGGGGACCUACUUCCGGAUAUUUGCCCAAUUUCCGGAAAUAGUUUUGGCAGCAGUUGCGUUUACAGUUGCAAAUCAGGUUAUAAAUUGACCGGCGUGGGUACGAAAACGUGCCAAGCGAAUGGAGAGUGGGACGACAAAACUACACCGAGUUGUAAUAAAGAUUAUCCGAAGCCAUGGAUCACUUGCCCUACAGAUGUCGUUGCUACCCUUGCACCAAACGCUAAGGAACACGAUAUAACUGGGUUGCUAAGUCAACCACAGUCCAAUGUCAAAAAUAUUCACAUGUACCCAGAUAAGUACCGCAGCAGCCUGGUGUUCCCGUCAGGCUUAACUGUGCUUACUUACGUCGCUAGUAACGAAAUCGGUGAAACAGCGAAUUGUACUACAGUUGUGACCAUACAAGAUCAACAAAAACCGACCAUUACAUACUGCACUGAAAAUAUAUAUCAAGCAAUAUCAGGUUCAGAAGCUUCCGUUACAUGGACAGAGCCAAGCUUCACAGACAACGUCGAGGUUGUAAGAGUCACAUCGACAAAGAAACCUGGCGACACAUUCCAAAUUGGAUCUCUUACGGUACUUUAUGAGGCGUUUGACGCCGCAGGGAAUAAAGAGGGCUGCUCUUUCGUAGUGCAACUAACGCGGAAGAGGUGCGAAAAACCAAGCGAACAGCCUGACAAUGGAGAAUUGGUUUGCAAUUCAAUCGGAGACUUCCUUUACUGUUCAAUUAAAUGUAACUCUAAUAAACAGUUGUUCAAGUACUCUUUUGGCUCAAGUUGCAACCCAUCUUCGUUGAAGUGGUCACCAGAGGAGGUUUUAAUCGACUGUGUAGACUCUGUCGCCAUGCCGGCAAGUGGAGAGUGCCCUCAUCCAACAAUUCCGCAGCCAUCCCUUAUUAAUUUCAACAAUCCAGCAAAGCCAUGCGUUAAAUGUCCUCGAGGGAUGAAAUUUGAUAUGACACAGAAAGACUGCCUAGCAUGCCCUAUUGGUUACACAAGUGAACAAGAAUCAAGCCUGAAUUGCACCAAGUGUCCAGAGAAAAAAAGCACCAGAAAGGAGGGGUCGAAAACAUGCGAAGAUCUUUGUGAUAAAGGGAUGUCAUCAGGAGAUGGGUUCGAUUCUCCUGACAAACAUGCGUGUUAUUUUUGCAACGUUGGAUUCUAUCAAGAUCAAUAUGGUGCCACACAGUGUAAGCAAUGCCCGAAUGGACUCACAACAAUUGCGAAGGGAUCAACCUCCUUGGAUGACUGUGGAAUAACACCAACAGUUUCUUCCUUUGGACCUCCUUCCAUGGUCGUCGAUGUGGAUGAAAAUGGCAGAGUUCAAUUUGAGUGUAUGGCAGCUGGACCACCAGAACCUACGUUCUUAGUUAAAAAGACAAAGCCAGCACCAGACGGUUUCGGAGGACCUGUUAGGAUAGAGUACAUCAGGUCAGGUAAUGCAGUGACUGGUGUACGCUACAUAAUUCUCAGUGCGACAGAACAUGACGCCGGACUAUACUUUUGCACCGCCACCAACAAGUUUGGAUCGGAUACGAAGCAACUCACUUUGAAUGUCCAAAUUUCCGGAGGAAGUGGGUCAGGAGCUUGACGCCUUGAAAGAAAUAUCGUUACGUUAUGCUUCAGUACCGAACGAUUGAGUAGAGUGACACAAGGAUUCCUUCUUUUUCACUGAAUCAAUUGAUAUGAUUAUCGUGUGUAUUGUGACAAAUCAAGGACUACCUAACAAAAUAAAAUUAGAUAA